AUGGAUACACGCCCUCUGUAUCCUUCUCGAGGGCGUCGGGCGUCUUGUUCGACGACAGACUUUGACAAGACAGACGUCAACCUUUCCUCAAACGCCCAACUUCAACAACAGGGCGCAUCUUACAAACUAUCAUCUCAACCACAUUCACUAUCUUAUCCUACUUCUAAACCAUCAACCACGCAAUCGUCCUCCUCCAACACUAACGGUGACACACUCGACAUCAUCCCUUCCGACCAAAUCACUAAUUGGUACCCCUUCCGACCAUACCGACCACCUAUUGGUCAACCUUGGCCUACUCUCGCUCCAAUCUAUACCACCGCCCACCCUUCAGUUUUCUCCAAUUCGCCCGCUCAUUCACCCACCCACGUCGGUCGACAUUCGCCCUCAAUCACGAGCAGCGAGCCAACCCCUUUCCACGCCCCCGUAUCUCUUCCCGGUGAGAACAUGUCCGCUUCUUCGAGGGAGUCACCACUCGAACAUGGUUACGCCUCUGCUCCCGUCGCAGAAUCGAAUUUUGCUUUUGGAGCUUCGACACAUAAUGCACCAUGGCAUGGGAAUGGGGAUGACAGUAAUUGCAGUCCUUGUAGUAGUGCGUCACCGGCUAGAGAUCAUAUGAAUCUCCCUUCCACAUUCCACUUCCAACCCAACAUCGGUUCGACCAUCUUCCCGGGACAAUCGUUCCAGAAUUCAUCCUCGAACAUUCCAUGUCCAUUGCCAGGUGGUAGCUCGUUCUUUCCUCGGUUGAGUCGACAAGCUUCGUCGGCAUUACGACAAGCUCAGAAUGGUCGAAAGGGUAAAGACAGGGAUGAGAUCUUAUCGUCUUCAACAUUCCGGCCAUAUACGGUCCCACCCAUCAGUACACCCAACUUACUUCAUCCUCCCAACCUCCCACAUCCUGCGUUUCAUCACCUAGGAGCAGGUCCUACGACAUCCCUUCCAUUGCUCACUCCGCCACCUUCUCGACAACCGUCAUUGACAGACGGGGCGACAGCACCUAAGCUGGAAGGUUGGAUUCCCCCCGCUGACCGCACGGUCCCGUGUCCCCGACGUACCCCUAGGCGCAGGAGAGAUUCAGAUUCUUCUCAACAAGAUCAUGACGAGAUUCAGGGAGUGAUGUCGUCGUCUCAGACUACUUUGGGUUGGGGAGCGAUGGGCAAUCUUCCUGUAUAUCGAUAUCAAGAGGGAUCCUUUGCUGGAAGGGUGAAUCGGAAUGUUAACGCUUGGGAUCAUAUCGGACCCAACUUUGGUCUGUUAGACGAACAACCUCCUAAUCAUGGUAUUCAUCCAUCGGUCAUCCAUCCACCACCUCUCCAUUCUAGCCAUUCGUUUCAUCAUUUCCCUCAGACACAUUCGUCGUCGUCUUCCGAAGGAGGUGUGGGACCAAGUCGGCAUUCGAGGUCCGUUGGAUCGAGCGUCAAGCGUAAAACAAUUCCGAAAAAGGAGCUACCGUUGGAAGAUCGUCGAGUGUAUGAGUGUCCGGUGAACGAUUGUACUGUUCGGUGUACGAGGGCGAAUGAUGUUCAGCGCCAUUUCCGAAAUAAGCAUACAAACAGUCGUCCAUUUUCAUGUCCUGUUUGUCAAUGCUGCUGGUCGCGGAAAGACAAGUUGCCAGGUCAUAUGGAGAAACAUCAUCCCAACGUACCUUAUACUAUGCCAGAAGAUCCGAGUGAAUAA